CUCUUUCUACCCAGAACGUCAGCAUGGACAUCACCAUAUUCAUUAGUCUGGACCCUGCUGUUCUCAAGAUCCUGAAUGUGAGCACAGUGAGGAAUCUAAUGGGGGUAAACAUAGCUGAUCUGAAGCUGUUUGAGAACUCCUCAGUGGUUCAGUCCUGGGUGUCACGACAGAACCAAUCUGAUCUGAACACACUGAAUCUUGGCGUCAUCAACCACAACCCUUGUUAUGGUGUAGACAGUCACCCACUUGAUAGCGAGUUCGCAUCUGGAAAUGUUUCUGCAGUACUGUGUAACUUCAGGAUUCCUGCCUAUGCCUGUUCAUCAGUUGUUGUUCUGUCCUCUGAUGAUCUGGCCACACUGCUCACAUGCAAACUGCCAAGUAGCCUGAACUACUCUAAAGAAACAUGGAAGCUUUUCUUCCAGAAUUUUCCUGCACCUUUGGAUGAUGUACUGGACAGGUUUUCACACAUGACCCACAGCAGCAUUCGGUCUGACUCAAAUAUACUUGAUGCCAUCUGGGAGGUGAUAAUCAAGGACUUCACUGCAGCACAGCUGAUGAAUGCCGCUUUCAUCACUGAGUGGUUCCAGAUGAGGCUCAGACCAUUUUUGUCAUCAGUGUCCGCAGACUUUCUGUCCAGCCUCAGUUCCAAAAGCUUCAGCUGUGAGAGCUACCAGAUUGUGGUGGAAGCUCUUAGCAGUCAAGAAUCACUCAUGAAAGAGGAACAGAAGCAGUUGGUCUUUACUUCAUUCAUCUUUCCCUUCCUGUCAAGAGUUGACCUCCCAGACCCUGGCUGUCGUUCCAACACUUCUGGCAGCAAUAAGUGGCUUGAAAAGAACCUUGGCAAUUUCUCCAAUUAUGCCCCCUUGGAAAAGCUCAAAAUUCUAAAUGCAAAUUUCUCCAGCGUUGCAGUGUUAGGCUUAUUGUCCAGUGAGCAGAAGGCACAGUUCAUCUUGCAGCCGGAUUCAGGAGUGUUGGGAAAUGACUCUGUGUUUAGAGAGGUGUUUAGCAGGGUGAUCACAUCUUUAGAUCGGAAUCAACUUGGCAGCUUCUUCACAGUCUUCCACCAGACUGCAAUACAAGUGAGGAUCUCUGUAGUCUACAAACCAGGGCACAUUUCUUUUCGCAAUAAGACACGUUUAUUCUAUGCAUACUAAUCGAUGAAGUCCGAGUGUGUCCAGACUGUUAAUCCGUGCUGCUGUGUGUUUGCAGAUGAACAUGACUAGCAUUCCUUCAGCAAUAUCGCACACCAUUCUGAACAUGACACUCUUGGAUCUGGUGCCUCACUUCCAAAGUUUCAGCCCAGGGGACUUUGCCCUGUGGUUCCAGACUUACCUUUCCUUCUUCCUUUCUGGGAUUGGUCCAAACACCCUGUCGAUCAUCCCCAUGAACAUCAGCUGUGACUCCUACAGAGAGAUGUGAGCUCCUCCUCAACGUGAACGCACAGAUCUAUUCUUUACUUUCUUUGAUUUUUAACUUGUUUACUUCUAUGUCGUUGUGUUUACAGAGUGAAAGGACUUGAUAAUGUGUACAGUGACCUCUCCGCAACACAGUCCGAUACUGUCUUCAAUUACACACAAGACUAUCUCAAGUACCAGUCCAGCCAAGGU